AUGUGGGAGUUCCGCUCCAUGAAUUUCUGGCGGGCCGUGUUCGCCGAGUUCUUCGGCACCAUGUUCUUCGUGUUCUUCGGCAUGGGCGCCGCGCUGCGCUGGACCACGGGCCCCAACCACGUGCUGCACGUGGCCCUGUGCUUCGGCCUGGCCGCCGCCACCCUCAUCCAGUCCAUAGGGCACAUCAGCGGCGGCCACAUCAACCCGGCCAUCACCUUCGCCUACCUGGUGGGCUCCCAGAUGUCCCUGUUCAGAGCCGUCUUCUACAUGGCCGCCCAGUGCCUGGGCGCCGUGGCCGGGGCGGCCGUGCUCUACGGGGUCACGCCCAACAACAUGAGGGGCAACAUGGCCAUGAACACGUUGCAGCCGGGCAUCAGCCUGGGCAUGGGCACCACGGUGGAGGUGUUCCUCACCAUGCAGCUGGUGGUCUGUGUGUUCGCCGUGACCGACGAGAGGCGGAACGGACGCAUGGGCUCCGCCGCUCUGUCCAUCGGCUUCUCCGUCACCAUCGGACACCUCAUGGGGAUGUACUACACCGGUGCUGGCAUGAACCCCGCUAGGUCCUUCGCCCCUGCUAUCCUCUUCAGGAACUUCCUCAACCACUGGGUGUACUGGGUGGGGCCCAUGAUCGGGGCCGCCAUGGGCGCGCUGCUGUACGACUUCAUGCUGUUCCCCCGCAUGCGGGGCCUCUCCGAGCGCCUGGCCACGCUGAAGGGCGGCCGGGACCCCGAGACGGAGAACCAGCAGGACACCCGCGGGGAGCCCAUCGAGCUCAAGACGCAAGCCCUAUAA